CUCAAAGGGAAUGAACGGAAUUCAUGUAGCCUCAUCCCAUGAUGCUUGCAGUGCUUUCACUAGGAGAACAGCAAUAGCACCGCCAACAAUAAUAGCUUCUGACAGCUGACAUUGAUCGCUGCCUUUGUCGUCGACUCAUGCUUGAUUUUGCUACAGCUCCACCAUCCUGCAAAGACGGUCUGGUCUCUCUCUUGACCUGUGCCGACGGUUGAUGCUGGUGCAGAGGGAGACCGCCACAGCAUACAGUACCUGAGUCUGUGCUUCCGGUAUUGCAACUGCUCGAGCCAGACCCGGCCUCAGAGCACUUACACAGUAUUCCUCCCUCCCCUGUCAUCCAAUUAGACCACUUUUUGUUCGGGGACUGGUAGAACUCGAAGAUCGUUUGGAGGUCAAGAUCAGGGCCACGCUCUGGGCCAGAUCACAAUGGAAGAACCACAGAAAAGAAAUAUAGUCAUCAUAGGUGGCGGUGUCAUCGGCUCUACCACUGCCUAUUUCCUGACACGGCAUCCCAAAUUCAACCCUUCUCUGCAUAAGAUCACCCUCCUGGAGGCAACCUCCAUCGCUUCUGGUGCAUCUGGCAAGGCUGGAGGCCUCCUGGGAUUGUGGGCCUAUCCAGAAUGCCUCGUCCCUCUGUCCUAUCGGCUGCAUCGUGAGCUGGCUGAAGAGCAUGGCGGGGCUGAGAGAUGGGGCUAUCGUCGCCUAGGAUGUGGGAGCAUAGGGGCUGUUGUGCCUACUGCAAGUAAAAAGGCAAAGGCGGCAGUCAAAGAGGCGGCACACGCAAAGCUACCUGCAACACAGCCUGGCAUGAGCGCCCUAGAAGUGAACGGCAGCGCCAAUGGUGCGGCAGCAGGUCCUGAACCGCCGGCAGCAGGAGGUUCUGACGUGAAGCCGGAGAAUGGCGACACCAAGGAGGGAAAGCAGUGGGAGAAGCUCCCGAAACAGGACGAGGCUGCCACGUCGCUCCUCUCAGAGUCGACACUGCCCUCGGACCUGGACUGGAUAGAUCCCAAGCUGGUACAGUACUUCGAGCAGAUGGGCCGCCCUGGUUUCACAGAAACCGCACAAGUACAUCCCUUACACUUCACGACAGCUAUUGCCGAGCUCGCCCAGGCUGCAGGUGUCGAGGUUCGGACACAGGCCAAGGUCACCAAGAUAUCCAGUCCAGGGAGUCAGUCAGACGACACCAAGACAGUCGAGUACGAGGACCGGCAACAAGAGGGAGCCGCAAGGGUUAUCCAAGGGAUAACAGACGUGAUAGUGACCGCAGGGCCGUGGACGGGGACGCUCCUACCCAGGAGCAAGGUAGAGGGCCUUCGCGCUCACAGCGUGGUAUACGAGGCGGACGUCAGUCCGUAUGCCAUCUUCACCGACAUCCAGCUGCCCUCCGACUACGUCCCCGAGCACCGAGCGAGGCUCGGCCAGAAACGCAAGCACAGGGGCAACGUCGACCCGGAGAUCUAUGCCCGGCCGUUUGGAGAGGUGUACGCAUGCGGCGAGCCAGACAAGAACGUGCCGCUCCCCGAGACAACCGACCUGGUGCAGUGCGACGAAGCGCAGUGCGACGAUCUAGCAGCCUACAUCGCGACGGUGUCACCCGUGCUGGCCGCCGCCCCGAUCAAGGCCAAGCAGGCGUGCUACCUCCCGCAGCACAUCCGCUUCGGCGACGAGCGCGCGCCGCUCAUCGGCGAGACCUCCACCCCGGGCGUCUGGGUCGCCGCGGGACACACGUGCUGGGGCAUCCAGAACGGCCCCGCGACGGGGUUCCUUGUCGCCGAGAUGCUGCUCGACGGCGCUGCCAAGAGCGCGGAGAUCGAGGCGCUGGACCCCAAGAAGUUCAAGGUCUAGCACCUCUCCUUUUUCUCCCUGGCUUUGCUCGGCGGUGGAUGGACUGAGGUGGUUUUGGAUCCUCCCCGACAAGACGCGUGAUUUUAAGCUUUGUGGGACCUUGAUUCGAGCCAAGUCUGUUGUUACGUUUGUACCGCCUGCCUGCUCUGCGGCUCAAGUGCGGCAUGCAGGUGGGCAGCUGCCAGCACUAGGAUCUGCUGGCUGUGGAUCGCCCCGGGGAGGCGCCACGUCCAGCCGCGGGCCGCCACUGUGCCUGUUGAUCACCUGCUCACCAUACCGACCAGGGCGGACGGACCGGGGGCGAGGAGGAGGUCAGCCUGCCUCGCGUGGGGUCGAUGAGCCCAGCCCGCCCACGGGCGUGGCGGUAUGAGACGGCGCGGUGGAACCGUGGCGUCGCGGUUCGACGCCCUUCGCCGCAUGCAGGGGAGCUUUCUCGCGCUGUUGUUUGGCCAGGCAGAAGUGACAUUGGGGGUUCAUAAUGUGUCAUAACGUGUGCAAUAUCCAUCUUCGGAGCCCCAAUGCUUGACCUCACUGGCACGCGGGAAUGUUUCCGCCUUAUAUCAUCUGAAAGCGAGAUUCUGGGUUCCGCCAUUCAAAUGUACAUAUAUGUCAUCUCAUGUCAUUCAUCAAGCAUCAGUUGACAGCGUUAGGUCCAGCAUGAUGACGAUAAAGCGCGAUAGACUUUUUUGAUGAGCGUCUAUAUACAUGUUUCCCGAUGACCUCCCGUGCUAAGAAGAGCUAAGGAAAAAUGCAAAGUCGCGCAGAUGAAUGCUGAACGCCGUCCCGGGAAAAAGGAAAUCGCUUAAGUCCAGCCUGGGCUGUAUGGCCUGCAGCUGUGGCUGGGUCAUAUGCGUCGUGCCAUGCUUGUCGAUAUUGCAAGCAUUUUCAACAGCCUCUUGUGCGGGCCGGGCAUAAUAUCGCAGCCUCAUGUCAACCGUCUUGUCGUGGCAGUCCCUCGCCCAUUGGCUUAGAGCGACUUCUCAAUCUCCAUAGCCUCCUUGAUUCCCUCCUCAAUGGCAGACACCCUGGCCUGGUCCAGCCUCCUCAGCGGCCUGCGGCCGUACCCGCCGUAGCCGAAGUAGCUCUGGAUGGCCUGCUUGGUGCCGGGCACGGCGGCCUUGGUCAGGACCCAGUCGCACUUGGACAGCACCUUCUGCAGCUGCUCGGCCUCGUCCUUCUUGCCCUCGGCGUAGAGGUUCCAGACGCGCGCACACAGCUUGGGCAUGACGUUGGCGCCGCCGGCGAUGAUGCCGCUGCCGCCCGAGAUGAGGGUCUGCGUGGUGAAGUCGCACACGCCGCCAAAGGCCAUGUAGCCGCUGCCCUGGGACCCAGGGGUCUUGGCCUUGGUCGCGAGGGCGACGCGGGUCAGCUUGCCGGUGUUGCCGCACGUGAACUUGGUGCCGAUGAUGUUGGGGUGCUGGGCGAGCUUGAUGAGCAGGUCCGAGUCCAUGUCGAUGCCCGAGACGGCGCCGGGGUAGUUGUAGAGAAUCAGGGGCAGCGGGGACUCGUCGGCCACGGCGAUGAAGUAGUGGUACACGGCGUCCUCGUCCAUCUGGUUGCGGAAGUACGACGGGGGCAGGAUGAGCACAUAGUCGCCGCCGGCCUUCUGGGACAGUUUGCACAGCUCGACGGUCCCCUUCACGCUGCCUUCUGUGGCCCCGACCACGACCGGGGUGUCCUUGAAGCCAGCCUCGUCCAGCGCCUCUCGCGUUGCUGUUGUGACGGCCAGCUUCUCCUCACGGGUGCAGUGGGCUGCCUCUCCGUUGGAGCCCAUCACCACAAGGCCGACAAGGCCGUCGCGGACGAGGCGCUGGGCGUGCUUCUUGAUGACGGGAAUAUCAAGCUCCUCGGUCUCUGGGUUGAAGAAGGUCAUGGUUGGGGCGUAGAUGCCGCAAGGCAGGUCCCUUCGGGACGUCGUGUGACCGUUUGUAGCCAUGAUGAGCAGAGGAGUCAAAGCUGGUGAGGACUGAGGAGUAGAGCCAGUGCCAGGGGCAGAAUGUGUUUGAGGGAUUAGACAAGGGGUGACCAUGAGAAGUAGAAAAGGAAGCCAGAGGCUUGUGGCUUGUUAUAUAUAUAUGUACAGGGCAACAGUCUCCGGCAGCGCGAUAAAUCAGUCCCCCAUGACCUAAUGCUUUGGCAGGGCCGGUAGCGGGGGCAAGACGUACACACACAGCACGUAUUAGAUGUGGCAGCGAGGUCGAAUGGUCGUGUGGGUGUGUCGUGAUGACAUUGGCCCGAGACAGGCAACGGGUCGAAUCAGGACACCACACAAGGUGGGCAGGCAGGGCCCUCCUAGAUCCCGAGCGAGAGGGUGGACCUUGUCAAUGGGCGGACGGGCCACAGGGAUGGGGGCAGUAUGCAAAGACAAAAGGAAAGGCUAGGACCCAGGCAAUUCCAGACCGGACUAUUUUGGGGUGAAGAUCCACGAUGGGGCGUGGGGUGAACUCCAGCGGAGGCCACGGCCAUGGCUAUGGCAGUAAACGGGCCAUGAUCUGAUCCGGGCUGCUUCAACCUGG